AUGGCUGAAGCACCCAGAGCUUGUAACCAAGAAAUAGACCUUAAUAAUUUAGACCUCGAACGCUCCUACACUCUGGAAGAGUUCGAGUAUAUCAAUGACCGGCUGAAAAAUUAUACUUUGGAAAUCGACGGACACCCUGUUAACCUUUUUGAGCUUGACAAAAACGGAAAACUAGUACCCAAACAACAAACACCGUGCCGUAGAGAACAAGUGGUUGCAGAAAUUACUUGGCAGUUGGCCAACUGGAAUAUACAAACUCAACAAGGUGGUGGUGUCACUUCAUCGCAGGGUGGAUUUGAUUUUACCGUUGAUCAUGAAACAGCGAUUAGGGCACCAGACGUUGCUUUCAUGCCCCAAUAUAUAGUCCAACGGCUGACUGAUGCACAGGCUUGGUCCUUUCAGGGUGCUCCCUUCACCCCUACAUUUCUUGUUGAAGUUGCUAAUAUCGGAGAGGAUACAGAUAAUUCAAAAUUCAAGGAAGUGGAUGAAAGAUUUAAAAAAGAACUCAUAAUACAAAGCACAGUGGUCCAGCUUGGCUGGUUGAUCGAUCCCCAACAUAAGCGAAUUUACAUAUAUAGGAGGGGUAGGAGACGUAGUAAUCCUGGAUGGGAAGAUAUUAGCGGUGAAAAUGUUUUGCCAGGUUUUGAGUUGGAUAUGUCUUUAAUUGAUAGAAUUAUUGAUCCACCACCGCCAGCAUCUCCAAGACCUCAAGUUCAAGCCAAUUGUCCUUAUUGUAAUAAUGCUUUCAACAACACUUAUGAACUCAUAAAACAUCUUGAAAGUGUCCACUGUUAA